CUACUCACGGGUGCAUUAUAUGCACAUUUCAACAUCUAUCACAAGCAUCAAAAAUUCUCAGCAUAUAAAAGUUAAUCAGAAAUUCUUCUUUCUAAAUUCUAAUACUUCUCCUAUGUUUUUCUAAUUCUGCCAUGGCUUCUAUCAUGUUUAUUUUUGUUCUUGCAACCUUUUUUGCUCACUCAGUUUCUGUUCUUGAUAGACAUGGAAGGCAUAUAUUCUCUAGUGUUAGUGUUGUUGGUGUUGUUUAUUGUGAUGCUUGCUCAACCAACAGUUUCUCUAGACACAGCUAUUUCUUGCCAGGGGUGAACGUUCAUAUAGAAUGCACAUUCAAUGCAAACGGCCCUAAAACAACAGAGCAAAUAAAGCUAUCUGUAAACAGAACAACAGACAGAUACGGAACAUACAAGCUCGAAUUACCUCACGUUGACGGAGUCGACUGUAUCGACGGAUCCGCCAUUGAAUCCGUUUGCCAAGCAACUUUAAUCAGCCGCAGCUCAGCUCCAACCUGUGAUAUUGUUGGAUUAAAAGCAACAACUGAUCAGAUUUCAAUCAAAUCUAAGCAAGAUAAUCACUGUAUUUACAGCUUAAAUGCACUCACUUACAAGCCUUCAAAAAUAAAUUCGACACUCUGUGGUGGAAAAAAUGAAGAAUUACUGAAUUCUUUCAAUUCUUCCAAAUUUUUCCUCCCUUAUUUUCCACCGUUUCCUUUCCCUCCGUUUCCUUCUCUGCCGUUUCCUCCGUUACCGCCGUUUCCUCCGUUACCGCCGUUUCCUCCGUUACCGCCGUUUCCUCAUUUUCCGUUUCCGUACACCUCAUCUCCGCCGUCCUUACCUCAAUUUCCUCCCUUACCGCCGUUUCCAUUUCCGUACACUUCAUCGCCUCCGCCGUCAUUGCCUUUCCCUUUUCCACCAACACCGCCGUUCUUUCGGCCACCGCCGCCGCCAGUUUUUAACCUAAGCGAUCCGAGAACCUGGAUACCUCAUAUUCCUUCGCUACCGCCGCCUCCGCCGCCGGCAUUUGAUCUGAGAGAUCCGAGAACUUGGAUACCUCAUAUUCCUUCGCUACCGUCACCUCCUCCUCUGCCUCCGCCUCCGGCGUUUGAUCUGAGAGAUCCGAGAACUUGGAUACCUUACCUGCCUCCAUCUCCGCCACAGAACCAAAACCCGUAAUAAUCGGGUCAUUAUCCGAAAAAUGUUGUGUUUAUUAUGUUCAUAAAUCUUUUUUUAUAUAUGUAUGUUGAAAAGAAAAUAUGAGUAUACAAACAGAAUGUACUAAUUUCUUAUAAUAAGAUCCGCAUAGCUAUGAAUUUGAAUAUCAA